AUGAAUUCUGAAUUUACUUCUUAUACAGAUUCUGAAUUUGUUUCUCAUAUAAAUUUUGAAGAUAUUUCUGAUGAAGAUAAUGAAAAGAAUAAUUUCAUUGUUAAUCAAGUUGCCCUUGAAAAAACUAUUGAUUGGAAUGAAAUUGAGUCUGAAGAUUCUCACUUUAAUAGUAAACCUUUGGAUAAUGAAAUAGAUAUAGAAAUUGAACAAUAUGGUGGACACUUAUUCAAAAGACCAGGCAUGGACAGAAAACCUGAGUUAUAUACUGAAGGCAAAAAUUCUGUUCCUGAUAUCACCAUCAUUAUCUAUUUUAACAAUAAAUCAAAAGAAAAAAAUUUGUCAAAACUAGAUGCAGAAAAACUUCCAAAAAAGACUUUGUCAAUAAGAGAAAAAUUAGGAAAAGAAGUAUUACAUUCACGUUCUAUUAUUAAGAAAAAUAUUAAACAAUUAGAAAAUCCAAAACAUUUUGGUAGAAUGUUAGAAACUUGUAUCAAUGAAUUUGAUAUGGAAGAUAUGCACUCAGAAAUCACACAACAAAUACCUAUGGGAUCUAAUAUUUCUCUUUCAAAUGUUGUGAUAUUGGAACCUGGUAAGCAACUUAAUUGUGAUGUUAAUGUUCAUGCAGCUUGUGAAAUGUAUCAUGAUGAUUUAUCGCUUGGUAAUGAUGACUGUCUAUAUAUUACAUGUGAUCAAGCAAUUUUUGGAAGAUUAGUCUCCUAUAAAGAAGCUCACAGCGACGUACAACUUAUUUUAGGACAGUGGCACAUAUCUAAAGAUAUGU